GGGGGUUGGCUUUCCUGGGAAAGCGAAAGUUCUCAACUCGUUGAAAGACUUUUUCCACUUUGCACCACCCAUUUUACUUUUAGGUUCCCCGCAACACACGGAGAGGACAAGACAUGGCCGUUUACCAGCAGCCCACCCAGGUGGUGACCCAGGUGAUGAGCACCACGAUGAAUCACUCCACCUGGCGCACCGGCCUUUGUGAUUGCUGUAGUGACAUGGGCACAUGUUGCUGCGCCUUAUGGUGCUUCCCGUGCAUGCAGUGCCAGACGGCCAGCAAGCACGGCUGGUGCUGCGCCAUGCCGUUGCUGGACUUCUGCUGCAUCGUGUCAUGCAUGCUGCGCUCCUCCAUCAGGCAGCGCCACGGAAUCCCGGGUUCUUGCUGCGACGACUGCUGCAAGCUCUACUGGUGUUUCCCGUGCGUGUGGUGCCAGAUGAACCGCGAGGUGAAGAUCAGGGCCAACGAGGGCACGUCAUCUGCUAUCACCACGCAGAUCAUCAGGACAGUGUAGCGACUACCAGCGCUACAACCCCAUUUAAUCCAUAACCCUUGUUGUAUGUGAUGCGCAUAACAUGUUUUCAGUAUUAGAUGAAAACGACAUACUGUUGGUAUGUUUACAUUUCUAUUCUUUUGUAAGACACAAAUUGCCCCCGAGUUAUGUGGUCAAGUCAAAUGUGUGGUCAAGUCAUUUUUUUUCACAAUACAAAGCUUUCAGUGUUGAGUUGAUGACGAACAUGUUUAUGUUUGAUCACAUUUAUUAAAGCAUAUACAAUUGUA